CACCCGACAUAAAUAUCCCCCCAUCCAGGCAAGGCGCAGAGCCUCAGACCAGAUUCCGAUCAAUCACCCAUAAGCUCCCCCCAAAUCUGUUCCUCGUCUCCCGUCUCGCGGUUUCCUACUUCCCUCGGACGCCUCCGGCAAGUCGCUCGACCGCGCGAUUCCGCCCGCUCAAGAUGCAGAUCUUUGUUAAGACCCUCACCGGCAAGACCAUCACUCUCGAGGUUGAGAGUUCAGACACCAUCGACAAUGUUAAAGCCAAGAUCCAAGACAAGGAGGGCAUCCCCCCGGACCAGCAGAGGCUCAUCUUUGCUGGCAAGCAGCUAGAGGAUGGCCGCACUCUGGCUGACUACAAUAUCCAGAAGGAGUCUACCCUCCAUCUUGUCUUGCGCUUGAGGGGUGGCAUGCAGAUAUUUGUGAAGACUCUUACGGGCAAGACAAUCACACUGGAGGUUGAGAGCUCUGACACCAUCGACAAUGUCAAGGCCAAGAUUCAGGAUAAGGAGGGCAUUCCCCCGGAUCAGCAGAGACUCAUCUUUGCUGGCAAGCAGCUAGAGGAUGGCCGCACCUUGGCUGACUACAAUAUCCAGAAGGAGUCUACCCUGCACCUUGUCUUGCGCCUGAGGGGUGGCAUGCAAAUCUUUGUCAAGACAUUAACUGGCAAGACAAUCACACUGGAGGUUGAGAGUUCUGACACUAUCGACAAUGUCAAGGCCAAGAUUCAGGAUAAGGAGGGUAUUCCACCGGACCAGCAGAGGCUCAUCUUUGCUGGCAAGCAGCUCGAGGAUGGCCGCACCCUGGCUGACUAUAAUAUCCAGAAGGAGUCUACCCUGCAUCUGGUUUUACGCCUCCGAGGUGGGAUGCAGAUCUUUGUGAAGACACUUACUGGGAAGACUAUCACGCUUGAGGUUGAGAGCUCUGACACAAUUGACAACGUCAAGGCGAAGAUCCAGGACAAGGAGGGCAUCCCACCUGACCAACAGAGGCUCAUCUUUGCUGGGAAACAGCUGGAGGAUGGGCGCACAUUGGCUGAUUACAAUAUCCAGAAGGAAUCCACCCUUCAUCUUGUCCUGCGUCUUAGAGGAGGGAUGCAGAUCUUUGUCAAGACCUUGACUGGCAAGACCAUCACACUCGAGGUAGAGAGCUCUGACACAAUUGACAAUGUCAAGGCGAAAAUCCAGGACAAGGAGGGGAUCCCACCUGACCAGCAGCGGCUCAUCUUUGCUGGGAAGCAGCUGGAGGAUGGGCGCACCUUAGCUGACUACAACAUCCAGAAGGAAUCCACUCUUCAUCUUGUCCUGCGGCUUAGGGGGGGCAUGCAAAUCUUUGUCAAGACACUGACUGGCAAGACAAUCACGUUGGAAGUGGAGAGCUCUGACACCAUUGACAAUGUGAAGGCCAAGAUCCAGGACAAGGAAGGGAUUCCUCCAGAUCAGCAGAGGCUCAUCUUCGCUGGGAAGCAGCUUGAGGACGGGCGCACCUUGGCAGAUUACAACAUCCAGAAGGAAUCCACUCUUCAUCUCGUCCUGCGCCUCCGUGGUGGCCGUGUUAACUGAGGUAGUAGGAAUAUGUCCUGCUGCGAAGCUAUUAAAAUUCUAUGGUUAGAGACGUAUCCAGUUCUAUUAAGUGCUUCGUCGUGUAAACUUUCUAUAUCCAGUUCUACUAAGUGUUUCGUCAUGUAAACUUUUCUAUAUAAUCUGUUGGCUAUACUUUAUAUAUAGCCUGUUGCGUUCGUACUUAGUUUCUCUUCAGAUGUAACUUUGUUUACUUAUACUCCUCGGGUGCUCUAGCUUUUGAGUCGAUUAUUUUGGUU